GAAAACAAGAAAUACUUUGUCAACAAAAGUGAGUCAAACAAAGCAGUCGUUUGCAGACACCUAAAGACAUUUGAGUGACAAUCGGAUCCACUGAUUGUCUGCGUCAGCGUAACUUAUAGUCCAUUUUGUAUGUCAUUGACCACCGAGUGGUGACCCAAUCGCAGCGAUGGUGAGCACAGGCGUGAACUACACGAAGCUGAAGACCAAUCUCCGGCUUUGCAUCAAUCGAUUGAAACUUCUGGAGAAGAAGAAGACAGAGUUGGCGCAGAAGUCGCGCAAAGAGAUCGGCGAAUACAUCGUGACGUCGAAGUACGAGAGGGCGAAGAUCCGCGUCGAGCACAUCAUACGCGAGGACUACAUCGUGGAGGCCAUGGAGUUGGUGGAGAUGUACUGCGACCUCCUGUUGGCCCGCUUUGGGCUCAUCCAGCAGAUGAAGACGCUGGACGACGGCCUGUCCGAAGCCAUAUCGUCGCUCAUUUGGGUGGCGCCCAGACUCCAGACCGAUGUCCAGGAGUUGAAGAUCAUAUCGGAUCUGUUGACCUAUAAGUACGGCAAACCCUACGCCCAGGCGUGCCGUGAGAACGCCCUCAAGACUGUCAACGAGAAGCUGAUGAUCAAAAUGGGAGUCCAGGCGCCGCCCAAGAUAUUGGUCGAGAAGUACUUAAUAGAGAUCGCCAAAAGUCAGAACAUAUCGUACGAACCGGACGCGGAUGUGCUCCGAGACGACGAGGUCUACUGCGCCGAAGAGGCCACCUCUGGAUACCAUCACAACCCCGACAAGUGUCUCAUCGAUUUGGGCAACUCUGCCGAUCAUCGCAAUCAUGGUUUCCCUCCGUCCGGUCCAUCCGGUGGUGGCGGAGGUGGAGGAAUGGGUGCAUACGCUGGAGGACUGCCACCACUGCCUUCAGUGCCUCCCAGCGCUCCAUACCCUGUGGCCCCCAAUACCAAACCGAUUGGAUUCAACUUCAACACCAAUACAGAGCCGUCGCACCCAUCUAUGCCAUCGGGUCCUCCGCCUCAUUACGACUCAGUCAUGCCUUCAGCGGACGAUAAGCCGAUCGACUCGAAGCCUAAACCCGUUCCGCGCGGAGGAACUCCUAAUUCCAAGCCUAACCCCAAUCCAAACUUAAACGACUCGUUCCCGGAGUUGCCGUCAGUGCCGACGGGAGGUCUGCCCGACAUUCCCACCGACGACCCCAAAGACGAUGGCAUCGAUUUCGAUGAUCUGUCCAAACGGUUCGAGGACUUGAAGAAACGGAAGUAGUGUUUGGUUUUUAUACUAAUUUUUAAGUUUAUUUUUAAUCUUGAAUUGUAUUUAAAGUA